AUGUUUGCUCCACCACCGACUUUUUUUGCAGUAAAAAGAAAUCCCAAAAAUUUCGUGAAAAAUGCGGACGAUGCUGAAAAAACGAGAACAAAACAAGAAAAAAAACAAUAUCGAACAGAAUCAUUUGGAGUAACACAUAACUCAACAUAUGGUAUCAAAAAUAAAAUGAAAAGCGAGCAAACAGCAGAAAUCUUUUUUGCUUUUUAUAUCGAGUUAAAUAUUUAUGUGAAGGCUGAUUACGGCGCCUUCUUUGAUAUGCUUGAUAGGAUUAUUCGCGUUCCCAACCAAAUAGAACAAGAAUAG